CCCGUCUACAUCAUCUAAAAUAGUUUGACCAACAACAUACAUCUACGGGUUAUACGCGGCAAAAUUAACUUCAUCUAAAAUGACAAAGACGUUCUCUGCAACGUGUGGACUUCUUUUGCUCUUUUGCUUCUUUGGCAAUGUUUCAGCAUUCGGGGCCGGGUCCGUCCCCGACGGCAACGAAUUCAAAGAGUUUGUAUGGAGACAUGGUGAUAUUGUGGAAGUCUUGCGUUUCCUUCCAGCAAGCUUCGCGAGCCGAAUAGCAUUUACGCAAAUGCAGCGACGCCAGGUGUAUUUUGGCAACUGGCUUCGAGACUUCUCGCAGGUGAUGGAUACAGCCUGUCUAGACAGCAUCCCGGAAACCGUUUUGCGCGCCAUCGUUUCGGUGCUUGCAAUGGUCGAGUUUGGAUACGCUACUAACGGAUUUGAGGUUACAAGAGAUAGGCUAGGAUGCUACCAACAUGUCGAACACAUCGACAAUCCUCGCGGCUACCCGAACAAUGCCAAAGACGUGGACAGGCGACUUCGCGGGCCAGUAACAGCAGAGGAGCUCGAAUUUGAUCCGCUGACAGGGAUGAAGAACUACAUUGCAAAUGCUGGUAAAGGUUGGGAUACCGCUGCAGAUUAUAUACGACGCCAGCUUGGUCAAUGUAUCGACCUGGGCCGAAGAGGGAGACGAGGAGAUACGACAGCCUUAGACAACGCGUUUAUUCAUCUUGGCGCGGCCCUCCACACCCUUGAAGACUUUGCUGCGCAUAGUAAUUUCAUUGAACUAUGUUUGCAUGAGCUUGGCGAAGUCAAUGUCUUUGCUUAUGUUGGAAGCCAGUGCAGGUUGACAACGCCAGCAACUGAACGAAGAGUCUGCCCGUUAGUCACCGGAACAUUCGGCAUGCUUGACAUUUUUCAUAGCCUGCUCGGUGAGGCUGACGACAACGCACUGUUACAAUUUAAAGGCUCCAUCGGAAAUCUUGAGCAGAAUCUCGGCUAUGGAGUCUUGGCCUUUGAUCAGCUAUACGAUGCUAUCAGUGGCAGCAUUUCGGCCGUCCAGAGCUUUUCGGACAGCAACAGUGCGCUGCUACAACAACUAAACCAUAUUAAUGAUGUAUUUCAGCAGAGUCAACAAGCAUCAGAGGCGAGUCAAGGGCUAAAUGCGGCAAAUGAAACUAGUGCACCGGAGACCAGCAUAGUCUGGGAAGCCGUCGAACCCGUUCUCUUGUUUCAUGACAACAUAAAGAAGUGGAUAUGUGAAUCCUUUCCAUCUUCUGAAAAUGAUGUUGAAAGCACAAAAAUAGGCGACUACGCCAAUCAAUUUGUCUUUACAUUUCUUCAGACAAUAAUGGAGUCGUCGGUCAAAGAAUUUCGUGACGUUUUGACAGCAGCGAAGAAUCGUGUGGACGAAGCGGCUGCGAAGGGGGAAUCUGCAGCAAUUUAUGAAAAAGAUUCAGAUUCAUCAGACCCUAGUCAUUCUGAUAUUUCCAAAGACCACUUCAGCAACAUUCUGAAUCCUCCAGCAGGUAUGCUCGCUACUGUUACUACAAACUGGGCAACACAGAACAUUGUACGUUGUUGGGACGAUGAAAGCAUCAAUGAGAAGGAUGUCAUUGAGGAUAUCAUCAAAAUAUUACAUCACCCGGCUUUCCCAACCAAGAAGACCGACAUCCAAACGUACAUGACAGGAGUGGUGGAGAGUUGGUGGUCGGAUAUGUCGACCGAUGACAAGGAUACAGCUAGGCAAAUGCUGCAUGUUGAUAGUGUCCAAAAACGUGGGCAUGAAGAUCAUGAGUUGUCUGCAAAAGAUAUUGUUGGGAAGAGAUUCGGGCCAGGUGUAUUCCCGGGGUACAAGCCAAAGUUGAAUGACCAAGUAAGCGCUCAAACAAAGACUGCAGAGACUCCCGCAGCGACUGGCGUUUCUCUGGUCUUGGGCGCCACAAUACGUCUCACUCUGGCGCCGCUGCGUUUGGUAGAAGGUGCAUUUAAGACCGUAGCAGGGAUGUUGCAGUAUAUCUUGCGGUUUCCCAGUCGUGACAAAACCCGCCUUAUUACAGAAGGCAGUCGAUCGGAAGCAGAAUAGAGAGAUCAUCAGGAUGAAUUUUGCGCUGUUCUCUCUCGACGCUUUCGCUAUACGAAUCCUUUGCCACUCAACAUUUUUUAGCACCUAGCUACAGCACAGAAUACAAAACGUAGACAGUAUAGCAAGAUUAUUGUCGUUGAAUUUAGUGCUUUUGCUCGCCUUUGA